AGUGCUGCUGGCUUUAAUGAGAUGGCAGCUCCCACCUCCUCGUAUGAGAAAACAAGACCACUGGAGGCAGCUUCCAGUGGCACCAGCAGCCUGCGGUCACGAUUUGAAAACAUGGCUAAGUCAGCAGAGGAGAACAGAAGGCAGGCAGAGGAGGAACGGGUGAGGCGGCAGGCUCGGGAGUGCCAGGCGGCUCAGCGGAAGGUGAAAAUCCCACAGAGAGAGAAGGACCACACAGAGGCAGCCCCUGCCACCAUGCCAGCAAGGGUGCCCAGAAGUGCUGACCGAGACAGGCCUGUGACACGAGGAGAAGAGGAGGCAAAAAGGGAGGAUGAGGAAGCACCACCCAUUUUGCCACCAAGGCCAGCAGACCUGGGCGAAGAGCUGUGCAAGAUCCCCAGCCAGGAUCAGCCCAUCUACAGUGAAAGUUUGGAUGUCGGUGGAGACUACGAGGAGCUGCCAGAGCCCUCUGACUACUGUGACAGUACCAAUGGAGGUGCUGACUAUGAGGAGCUGCCAGCACCCUUGGGAAAGGUGGAUGCCAUCUAUGACCAUGGAGGAGAUGGAGGUGAGGACUAUGAGGAGAUUCUUCCUGAGGAGCCCAGCCAGAGUCAGCCCCACCUGGGGGAAAUGGACAAUGUUUAUGAGGUGGAGAGCCCUGGGACCUGUGCAGUGGCUCUCUACGAUUACCAAGGAGAUGGAGAUGAUGAGAUUUCUUUUGAUCCUGAUGACACAAUCACACACAUCGAGAUGGUAGAUGAAGGCUGGUGGCGGGGGCAUUGCCGGGGCAAAGUAGGCCUCUUUCCAGCAAAUUAUGUGAAGCUUCUGCAGUGA